CAGAGACAUCAGGAGAACAGCAGCAGCCAUUAUCCAAAAUGCGCCUCUUAUUUCUGCUCUCUCUGACGCUGAGCUUACACUGCUGCCACCCUGCUUCAGUGUUUGUAGGGAGAAGAGCGGCCCAUGACGGCCUCCUCCGAACCAAACGGGCGAACUCCGGCUGGUUGGAGGAGCUGAAGAUGGGCAACCUGGAGAGAGAGUGUCUGGAGGAGAAAUGCUCUUACGAGGAGGCCAGAGAGGUGUUCGAACACACAGAAGUUACGAACGAGUUCUGGAAAGAUUAUUACGACCACUGUGUGUCGAACCCGUGUCAGAACAACAGCACCUGCUCCCAGCAAAGAGAGUCCUACACGUGCCUCUGUCCACCAGGGUUCAUCGGGCAGAACUGUGAGCGUGAGAUUGCAGAUCUUCCUGUUUCCUGCCUUCAUGAUAACGGAGGGUGUGAGCAUUACUGUGAGGAGGAGCAGGGACGACGCAACUGCUCCUGCGCUGACGACUACUUUCUCGGGACGGAUGGACAGAGCUGCAUUUCCCAAGUGAUGUUUCCCUGUGGUAAAGUGCCACUUCUCCAGAGCAACACCUCGAUAAACCAGCCGGAGCAGGACUCCAGAGCUCGGAUAGUCGGAGGGUCGGAAUGUCCUAGAGGUCACUGCCCCUGGCAGGUCUUGCUGAAAUAUGGUGAAAAGGGCUUCUGUGGAGGCGUGAUCAUCAAGCCCACAUGGAUCCUCACAGCUUCCCAUUGUUUAGAAAAGCUCAAGGUCAAGUUUUUAAAGAUCGUUUCUGGUGAGCAUGACAUCGAGGAGAACGAGGGCUCUGAGCAGACCAUAGAGGUGGAGGAGAUGAUUCUGCACCCCACUUACGUCCCUGCGACAGCAGACAGCGACAUCGCUCUACUCCGCCUCCGCCAUCCCGUGGUCUACAGCACAUAUGCCGUACCCGUGUGCCUUCCUACCAAAAGCCAGGCCGAGCGAGAGCUGUGGGCUAUCAGCAAACACACCGUGAGCGGAUGGGGCAAGCGUAGCGAGGAAGGUCCGACGUCACGCGUGCUCCGGAAGCUCGACGUGCCUCGUAUUUGGACACAAGACUGUGUUACUGCAAGCAAGGUCACGCUAACCGCUAACAUGUUCUGCGCUGGAUACAUUGAGGGCAAGGAGGACUCGUGCAAGGGGGACAGUGGUGGACCUCUGGUCACCCAUUACAGGAAAACCACGUUUCUCCUGGGAAUCGUGAGCUGGGGUAAAGGAUGUGCUCGGCCUGGGUACUACGGCAUCUAUACACGUGUGUCCAACUAUUUAAAGUGGAUCCACACACACGUAUCGGCUCCAGCAAUCCAACAACAGCAGCAGUGAAAUAGGCCGUGUAGCCAAAUGUCUGGUGCAUUAUCCUCUCAGAGCGGCAUUGAAAAUUAUGUAAUAAAAGUAAUGUAAUCAUUUCAUCAUGUUUUUAAGUAUUAUAUAUUAACACUUCCAACAGUAAUAGAGCUUUACACUGACUAGGCAUAACAUUAUGACUGAAAGCUGAAGUGAAUAACACUGAUUAUCUCUUCACCACGGCACCUUAAUUAGGCAGCAAGUGAACAUUUUAUCUUCAAAGUUGAUGUUAGAAGCAGGAAAAAUGAGCGAUUUUAGCGAGUUUGACGAGGGCCAAAUUGUGAUGGCUAGACGAAUGGGUCAGAGCAUCUCCAAAACUGCAGCUCUAUCAAAAGUGGUCCAAGGAAGGAACAGUGGUAAACCAGCGACAGAAUAAUGGGCGGCCAAGGCUCAUUGAUGCUUGUGUGGUCCGAUCCAACAGACAAGCUGUAGUAGCUCAGAUUGCUGAAGAAGUUAAUGCUGGUUCUGAUAUAAAGGUGUCAGAAUACACAGUGCAUCACAGUUUGUUGCGUAUGGGGCUGCAUAGCCGCAGACCAGACAGUUAGGAAGGUGGUCAUAAUGUUAUGCCUUAUCUGUGUACCCCAAUCCAGAAAAAUUGGACAGUAUGUAAAAACCCAGCAUGUAGUGAAUUGUAAAGCCAUUAAAAUUCACUUAUAUUUAAAUAAUACAACAGUAAUUUAUGUUUUACCUUAUACAUUUCACGUUUUUACUUUUACUCUAUUUCUCAAAGUCCUUUUUUAUCCGAAAGAGACUGUAUACACAAUUUCCCAACAAUUUCCCGACAAUGGAAACCUGACAACAGUGGUGACUUGUAUAUACGUUAAGUUUCCAUUGACGCAGAGGCAUAAACUGGCACAUUUUGAAAAACGGAGGUCAGUUGUUAUUGCAGCAAAACAAUAAAAGACCUUGUUCUGCUUGCAAAGCAAUACAGAGUGCAUGUGCUUGACUGGCCUGCCUGCAGUCCACAGAUCUGUCUCAUUGAAAAAAUUCCACUUGCACAAAUGCGACAGUUUUUGUCCUCAGUUCCUCAAUGAUUAAAAAGUGUCAUUAAUAGGAAACACAGCACUAAACAGGCCUGUAUCCAAACAUGGAGACAUCAAAUUUGUAAGUAAAUUGCUCACCAUGUUUCCCCCCCAAAAACUAUAAAGGUUAUAAUAUAAAAAAUUAAAUAGAAGACUUCUUCAGCAUAGCACAUGAUAAAAUGUAAAGGAAACUUAUAAAUACUGAGAAAAGUUUAUUAUUAGAGGUCCAUUCAUGAAAAGUUGGAAGUGCAGUGUGUGUUUAAUUACCAUUCAGAGCUUUAAAGUGGUGCUAGUCUAUUAAAAUGUGACUCAUAAAGGUAUUUCAAUUGUUCUAAUUUAACACUGCUUACCAAAUGAUUCAAUUAUUUUAAAUGAUGUUUGAUCAUUUUCUGUAUUUAAUUUUUUAAUAUUUAAUUUUGAAUAAAACAUUUCGUUCUGUUGCA